CCUAAAUAAUCAUAAGUCCAAUCCCAAAGCCCCAACCAUUUUCCAUUGUUUAGAAUUCAAAAUCCUACUUCAUCUUCUCUUCCUCCUCCUCCUCCUCCUCAAAUUCUCUCUCCCUCCAACCCCAUAAACCCCGCCCCCAACUUGAAUUUGCUGAGCACUGCAGAAUUCCCAGUUUGUACAAGAACAUAUAAUCUGGGUUUUGCUUCAAAUCUCAAGGUUUGUUUUCUUGGAAUUCCGAGAAAAUACUGAGAGCUUAAUUGCUUGGGAUUGCACAUAUUUUCCUUCACCGUAAGUUACAUCAUCAGAAUCAGAUCGGACUACCAAGUUCAGCUGAAACAUGGGAGAUUCAGGUGAGGGUAGUCAGAAAUUAAAUAAUGACUCGCCUAUGCUCCAGCUAACAGGCAAGAUCAUGCUGGCGUCCAUAAUAGUCCUCUUCCUCGUGGUUGCUUUUGUCUUCUUUCUGCACCUAUACGCCAGAUGGUCCUGGUACCGCCGAGAAGAAGACGCUGCCGCCACCGGCCGCACUAGACGGCGGCGCCGCUUCGAGUUUGCCCCUGGCCAGCAAGAUUUAUAUGCAGUCACCGGACUCCGCCGUGGCCUCGAUCCCUCGGUUCUUGAAUCCAUACCCGUAGUUUCAUUCACUCCCAAAGAUUUCAAAGACGGGUUGGAAUGCGCCGUUUGUCUUUGUGAGGUCUCAGAGGGCGAAAAGGCUCGGCUUUUACCAAAAUGUAAUCAUGGGUUCCAUGUGGAUUGCAUAGAUAUGUGGUUUCAGUCUCAUUCUACUUGCCCAAUUUGUCGAAACCCGAUUUCUAACCAAUCAUCUUCGAAAUCCUCUACUCCGGAAUCCAAUCGGGAGACAAUAAUAACACAGGCACCAAACGAGUCCCCGAAUUUCCCAACAAAUGUGUUGUUUUGGGGAGAUGAAACCCAGGUCAGCACUUUGGAUACAUGUUUGGAACAGGAACACCUAGGUGGUGAUGGUAAUUCUUCUCAACCAAGUUCUUCAUCGUCGUCAUCUGCAUCGACUAGCAAUAAGCCAGAUGGAACGUUGGUUAUUGAUAUUCCGAGGCAUAUUAAUGAGGAGGAAGAACCAAAGUCGCCGAUGACAACAAGAUUAAGGUCAUUGAAGAGACUUUUGAGCAGGGACAGAAGGAUGGUCAGUCCUCGUAGCACCAGUAAUGUUGAUGUGGAACAAGGGAGCAGAGACCAAAAUUAGUAUCCUAUCCUAUUAUAUGCCAUAAUAAUCUGGGAAGUGGCAAUAGAGGAGAUGGCACGGCACUUCCAUGAAAUCAUGGGUUCAAAAUUAUGGUUCCGGAUUCAGCAUUCCAAUCAGCUGCAGAUAGCAGAUGGUCGGGAGUUGGUGGUGGUCCAUUUAUUUUUUCAACUUCUUUAAUUCAUCACAUGGGCAGAGAUUUGACGCCUGAUAUCAUAUCACUAGAGGCUUGUUUCUAUGUUGAUGAAACAAAUUUCUUGAACUAGGUGAAAUUGAAUAUGUUGUAUAAACACACAGGAGGCUUCUCUGUUUGAGAUUGUGGAGCAAUCCAUUUUCUCUUACAGAAGAGUAAUUGCAAAAGUUUACCUACUUUUGUUCAAUGUUAGUUCAUUUGUUGUAGAGCAAAAUUACAAUUGUGCAAAAUUAUAGGUUUCCCUAAACUUGUUUUGUAAUCUUGGUUAUGUGGAUUCAAGUUGUGUUAGAGUAUUUUAAUAAACGCAG